CAGCCUGGUAGCAUCGCCGCAUUCGCAGUUCUAUACAGUUAUAAACCCGACGUCAUAAAAAGACAAAAAAUCUGUUAGUGUACCACAGUUUUCUAUUCACAAAGAGAUUAUAUUUAAUAAGUAAAUAGCGAUGGCAGAUACUGUGUGGACAUAUUAUACAAAAGAAAAAGGAGGCGAAAAAGCGAGAUGUUUAAUAUGUGAAAAUAAAUUAUUAAGUUGUAAGGGAUCAUCGACCAGUGGUCUGAUAAGGCAUUUGCAUCAUGUUCAUAAAAUCAAUGUAUUGAAACGAAAUGUAAAUGACAACCAAGUCGCUGGUUCAAGCAACACAAGAAAAGUUCCCACAACAAUCACUAAACAACCUCUAAUAUCAUUUGUUAUGACACAAAGACAUUCUCUGUCUGAAAUAGUGGCAAGACUUGCGUCCGUUGAUGGAUUUUCAAUCAAUGGAAUUUCCAAAAGCGAAUUUAUUCGUCAAGCACUAAGUGAUAGGCAAUGUAUUUUACCAAAUGAUAAAAAUGAUAUAAAGAAAUUAAUUUAUGAGUUUCAUGAGUUUGCAAAAUGUGAAAUAGUAGGAAAAAUUAAAUCUCAUAAAGAAAAAUGUGGAAAAUUCAGCCUCACGUUAAAUGAGUGGAAAAGUUCAAGAAACCGACGAUACUUGAAUAUAAACAUUCAUUUUAAUAAACAAUAUAUUAAUUUGGGAGUACUAAGAAUGGUAGAGAGUAGUACAGCAAUUAAAAUAAUUGAUCUGGUUAAUUCAAAGCUAUCUGAAUUUGGCAUACAUUUAUCAGAUGUAGUCGCUUCAACUACCGAUGGAGCUGCCGUUAUGCUAAAAUUUGGAGGAUUGUCUCAAUAUAUCCACCAAAUAUGUUACAACCAUGGCAUACAUUUAGCUGUAGCAGAUAUAAUUUAUAACAAAAAUAAAAAAUAUAGUAUUAAUCAAAAUGAUAUAACUGAAAAUGAAUAUAGCUCAACUGAAGAUGACUUUUUUGAAUCUGACGAUGAAACAGACAAUGAAGAACCAGAUAAUGCGGUAUCCCACAAACGUACAGUAGAUGAUAUUAAACCUGCAUUACAAAUGGUACGAAGAAUUGUAAAGUUUUUUAAAAUUGCACCAAACAGAAACUCAAUAUUACAAAACCAUGUCAAAGAAAUGCAUGGGCUAGAAAUGAGUUUGAUUCUAGAUUGCAAGACCAGAUGGAAAAGCAUUGUGACAAUGACUGAAAGAUUUCUAAAAAUAGUUGAUUCAGUUCGAAAUGCAUUGAGAGAUUUGAGUUCCCUACAUUUACUGAAUGAUGAUAAUAUUCCAAUAUUAUGGAAUAUUUGCAAUGCACUUAAGCCAAUUAAAUUGGCUGUUGAAGCGUUGAGUAGGCAUGAUGCAAAUCUAGUUACCGCCGAUGCAAUUUUGAAGUUUUUAUUUGAUUCACUGCGUGAAAAUGAUGAUAAUAUUUCAUAUGAGUUAUUGGAGGUUUUAUUGUAUCACGUUAAAGAACGAAGGAAUCAAGAUCUUGUGUCUUUGGCAAAAUUCCUUCAAACACUCGAUUUACAAUCAACUGCUACAUACGAUUUGCCUUCAUCGUCAAAGUCUGCAAUUAUUCACUAUGCUAGCGAAUUAUUUAAUCGAUUAUUCGAACACGAGGUUGAAUGCGAUGAUAUGGUUAAAAUAGAAGUGCAAAGCGAUGAUUCCUUUGGAGAAGAAAAUGAGCAGCAUCUUGAUAUACAUGAUAGACUGGCUGACGCUAUAAAUGCAGCACUAAAAACUAAAAAAAUAGAAACAAAAGAUCUACAAAAAGAAUUACAAAUAUACGAAAGUACAGGAAACAUAACAAAAAAUCUGCAAAAUUUGUUGGAUUCUUUGAUGACUAUACGUCCCACUUCAAUUCAAAGCGUAAGGGUAUUAUCUCUAAGCGAUUUUUCCAUUGAUUGUCUUACCUUUCUAAAAUGCUAUUUUUUAAACAAAUAAUUUAUGUAAACAAGAAGACUUCGCUCUUCCUUCCA